AUGACUGGAGGCAAGUCUGGAGGCAAAGCCAGCGGCAGCAAGAACGCGCAAUCCCGUUCGUCUAAGGCUGGUCUCGCGUUCCCUGUCGGACGUGUUCACCGUUUGCUCCGCAAGGGCAACUACGCUCAGCGUGUUGGUGCUGGCGCACCUGUUUACCUCGCGGCCGUCCUGGAGUAUCUCGCUGCCGAAAUUCUUGAGUUGGCCGGCAAUGCUGCCCGUGAUAACAAGAAGACCCGUAUUAUCCCCCGCCAUCUCCAGCUCGCCAUUCGUAACGAUGAGGAGUUGAACAAGCUGCUUGGUCACGUCACCAUCGCCCAGGGCGGUGUUCUGCCCAACAUCCACCAAAACCUUCUUCCCAAGAAGACCCCUAAGAGCGGAAAGGGUCCUAGCCAGGAGCUGUGA